UGAUAUUUAAAUACCAAACGAUGGGAGAAGAGAAUGUAAAUAAACUUUAAAGGUGGUUAAAUGAUGAUCACAAGACGACAUUUCAAACAUUUUACACACGUGUUGAUCCUAUUUACUCUUUCUUCACUGAAAGGGAAAUGUGUUCUGAGUAGCCUUUUGAUUGAAAUCAAUUGUUUGGGGAAGAUUUUAAGCCGAUAUCGUGAUAUAUACAGCUGCCCAUGGGACAUCACCAAUACCUGUUCGGCGGGAAAUUUAACAUGCCAAGAAGUGGAAUCAGACUGUGGCGUACAGGAUCCCGGGGACACCAAUGUGUCAAUUACUGUUUAUUUGUCAAUGAUUCCUUUUGUUGAAGACCACAAGGUUAUAAAAUCAUCAAGGUGUCCCUGCAGAAAUGUUGCUUUUGUAUGUAAUCUUACUAGCAACAUUCCAGGUAAGGGAAUUUAUAAUGGAUUUAGUAAAAUAGUCUUGAAUAAAAUUUAA